AUGCCGACCAGCACACGGCCGAAACGGAAAAGCGUCACCGCGGGACUGGACGAUGACAGCAAUGGGGUCAAUGGCGGAGUGGAUGGGAAAGAAAAAGAGAAUGCGCCGGUGGAGCCGCUAAAAAAAAAGACUAAAAAGGCAAAGAAGGCGGCGGAGAAGGAGGAGGAUGGCGGGGACAAGGGGGAGGUGAAGGAGAAGCCGCCAAAGAAGAAGCAAAAGCGCACCAAACCCGACAUUCUCGAAGACGAAGGCUUCAUCUUCCGCCCCCGACCACGUACCCGUGCCAGCCUUGCAGCUAAUGAGGUCGUCCUGCCCAACGCUCCACCGCAGCCUGUCGCUGUUGAACCCCCCAAGAAGAAGAAACCCACCACCACUUCCCGGAAGCGCGCACACGACUCACCUCCGCCGAUCGAGGAGUCGGAGCUCAAGACUCGGAAGAAGAUCUCCUUGGCCGAGGCGGAAGAGGAGGAGGUAAAGGAGAAGAAGGCGCCAAAGAAGGCGGCCGCCAAAACUAAGAAGGCGGCGAAAUCUAAAGUUCCUGUCGCCGUAGCACCCAUACCCAUGUCGCCGCCGCCGCGAAUACCGCCCGGUGGUGGUAGCAGCACAAAGAUGGCGCUACCGGUAUCGGAUACGCCGAUUAUCAGGCGGAAUCAGCAGAUGCGGAAAGGCGGGCAGGGUGGGGGGAACCGUAGGAGUAGUGUUGGGCUCAGAGGACGGAGGGCAAGCUCGCUGAUGGACACGGGGGUUCUCGCUGAACCGCAUCCGUCGAUUGCGCACGAGGAAUACUAUAAGCACAUUCACGACGAGCUUCUGGAACCCCAGAGGAUGAAGCAACUGCUGACAUGGUGUGGACGAAAAGCACUCACGCCGAAAGAUGGGAAAGUGGGGGACGCUAAUGCGGCGGCUGUUGCACGAAUAAUCGAAGAAGAAGUAUUAUCAGACGUCCUAUCAAACCCCGGACUGUCAAGCUGGUUCAAUAGGGAAGAUUCUCAACCUUCUACAGUAAUCAAAAAACCGAAUCCCCGUAACAUUGACAACCUUGCCAAGGUUGAAGCCAUUGAAGCCAGCCUAAAAAAACUUUUAGCCGAAAAAGCAACAUGGAAGUCGCUGCUCAAGACCGAUAUCAAAGCCACUCUCUCUCUCGCCGGCGGGCCCGAUAUGAAUAAGCUCUUGCAGCCGUCCGAGUCGGCAUUCGCAUCCUCAUCCCGCUCCCAGGACCUACUGGCGGAGGCAAGGGGCCUCGUCAAGCAGCACAGCGGGGAGAUUGAGUUCCAGGUCGACCAGCUAGCUGAUGGGAUCCAUAAGUUGAACCACUAUGGCAAAGCGGCGGAUAGGCUGGCGGGCCGGAUCCUGGAGGAUGCGGAGGCGGCGCUGGCGGUGAGGGAGGCCAAGGUUAGGGGUGAGGCGGGGACGGGGAAGCUGCCGUUGAUGGAGGUUCUUAGGUCACUAGCGAGACUGGAACGAUGA